AUCCACUUCAUUAAUUUGAGUACAAAUGCAGAAUUCGGAAUGAAAAAACACUGAAGCAUCAACUUUGGGGGACCAAGCUAUGACUAGACCACCAGAUGCAUUAGGGGCAUCUACAAAGAAACUAUGUGAAGAAUCAAAUCCUAAUCCCGCAUUCUAUGGGAAACUACUCUCCAACGUGAUCUUGUUUCUAAAACGAAAAUAAGGUCUGAUUUAUUAGAAUGAACUAAAUCGACAGCUGUUUGGAAAGUAAGGGAUGGCCCAAUUCCUCUCACAUUCUAGGCCAGUAGCCUCAUUUAUCCGACUGGGGCCACUUUAGACUAACUUCCUCCACCUUAUCAUUUUCACCAGGAUCUUCCACAAACUAUUUCUUCGGCGUAGGAGUGAUCUGAUAUCCCUCUCCACCUCUUGAAGUGGGCGCUUGUGGCACCCAAUCAUUGGGUCGUCAAAAUUAGACCCACACUUAUUCAACUUCAUUAUCAUUUCACCUUCAGCUUCUUCAAAUACUUCUUUCCCUUCAUUAAUCACCAUGCAUGCCCUCAAAAUUCGCGACUACCUAGCGCACUUGCCCACAUGCCGAGUCGGGGGAAGGUCAGAACUAGGAGUACGGCUCUUGAUUACAAAGCAAAGUUCGUCCUCCUCGGAGAGAGGGGUAGUGGAGUCCUCCCUCUCAAGAUUCUCAUUGCCCAGUUCAAGGGACGAUUGGACCAUCUCCCGCGAAGGCGAGGGAAUAACCCCCUUCGAGUACUCAUUAUUAGCAGCUCUUCGCGACUUCGCCCUUUCCUUUUACUACUCCCUUCACGCUUUCCCAUCGCUGGAGAACCAGCAAGCCGAGUUUUAAUCAUACCCUUGUGGGUCCUGGUAGUUCCGACCUGAGGGUGAGGAGAUUGCACAGUUAGCUGCUUCUUUUCCCAAGUUGGUGGUGAUCACGAUGGACCUGCCGCUCUUUCUCCAACACAGCAUCUUUGUCAUUGCGCCGACGGGAGGAGCUAGUUGCACGAGGAUCAUUAUCAUGGUCACGAGGAGAGGUCAGCUUCCUCUGGUUGAGCCCAACUUUGACUUUUAGUGAUUUAGCCAGUUUGAAUCCUCGAGGUCUCUGCCUACAUAUCAUAGCCACUGUAUCAGGAGAAUUAGUAGCCAUAGCUUAACGAUUGCGUGGAUGAGUCGGUGGAUGCUGGGCAUAUUUCUGAACACCCCAGCAUGUUCAGUGUGACUCCCAACACCGUUUUUGUUCUCUCGAGGCUCUCGAUAGUCCUUGUUAACCCAUACCGAUUUAACCACCCCGUGAAAAGUUUGAUUGUCAUCUUUAGUAUCAUAGAUUCUAGUCCCUAAUUUCUUAGUGGAUAUAUGAAGACCAAAUUUUUCCUUGCGGGUUGGUGGAUCAAAAGUACAGGCACGGAGUGAAUAGCUCACCCUCCCACAAUGGAAGUAGAAGCUAGGGAGGUAUUCGUACUUCAGACUAACCCAAAAGCACCCAUGUCAUCAUUAGCAGCAAUAACCUGUGAUUGUAGCUGUUUUGUGAAAUCAAUUUGAGUCUUGACUUUCACAAACCAACGACCCAUAUCCGGACAGGCAAAAAUGCCUGCUUCCAGAACUUUCCCAAUAGUGGUAUUCACCACUUUUCGUCCAAAUUACUGAGUGCAACAAUGUUCUUUCACAUCCCACAGUUGGACUCAGAAUGGUACAAUUGCAAGGUCAUCAUAAAUUCUCUCUGUGAUGAAAGGAGCCCAUGAUCUUAGGUGACGAAUCUUAUCUUUGAUCACCCAUGGAGUUCAUUUUAGCACCCAGACCUUGGCCUCUUCGUCAGGGAACAUGAACUCAAACAGCCCGUGUUUUGCCAUCACCACCCUGACCCGACCCUGGAUUUGUCGUGGAGUGAGCACUACUUCUCGAAGCUAUGUGGUCAUCAUUCCAUUCUCAGUGUAGUCGUCCAAGUAAGGAGUGGGCAGUUCAGUAUUUUGUAGAUUGCACCUCUUCCAUCGAAAACUAUACCACCUAGUCCGAGGUAACAUGAGCCAUCUUAUGAUCCUGUAAACAAGGUUGGGUAACAAAAUUAUUAGAAUGCCAUUCCACCUUAACUGAUGGCGGACGAGUCAUUCUCAUGCAGCCCAUGAAAGCAGCGUGCAGGUAGCUAGUCGCAGGAUCACAAGAGAGGCGAGUAACCAUAGUGAUCUGACGAGGGUAAAGGGAAUCAAGGACAGGGUACCUAAGUUUGAAGACAAUAUGGGGACAUUUAUGCCUUCCUCUUCCCUCGCCACUAACUCAGCUCUUCGUUUAGUAAAUACGAGAGUGUCAGGUCUAGGGCUAAGGGUAUUAAAGAAAAGAGAUAACUCGUCCCCUGUGUUAGUCAUUGAUAGACCAUUAAUUGCACAUGUUUUUACUCCUAAUCUUACACCGUUUGAAUGUUAAUUCUCGUGUUUUAGGCCGAUUUCACGCUAGGUUGUUCUUGUUUGUGAUAUUUCAGGUCCUAGUACGUGAAUGAAGGUUUGGGAGCGAGUUCGGGGUCGAUUGGACGAAGAUCGGACGUGUGGCGACGCUGAGGAAGCCACACGGGCACUCCUAAAACCCACACGGCCGUGUAAUGAACCCAUGUGGCCGUG